GAAUCGAAAAUAACGUGGCUGCUGUGAAUAUAUUGUGGUGAUAAGACUAUCUGACAGGCACAUAGACGCCGAUCGAUCCGAAAGGGUGACGACGUAUCCAAAGAGGCGGAAUCGAACGGCGAUAGAUGGCGGACCACGGUGGCGGAGGAGGAUGUUGUCCGCCGAUGGAUCUGUUCCGUUCAGAACCGAUGCACUUAGUACAAAUCAUCAUUCCUAUCGAGUCUGCUCACUCAACUGCCUCUUACCUUGGAGACAUCGGUCUCAUUCAAUUCAAAGAUCUGAAUGCGGAAAAAAGCCCUUUCCAGCGAACAUAUGCAGGCCAGAUUAAAAGAUGCGGAGAAAUGGCGCGGAAGUUGCGUUUCUUCAAAGACCAAAUGUCAAAGGCGGGUUUCACACCCUCAGGGAAAACUGACGCCCAAGUUGAUAUUAAUCUGGAUGAUCUAGAGGUAAAUCUUGGAAAUCUUGAAGCCGAGCUGAUUGAAAUAAAUGCAAAUGGUGAAAAGUUGCAGCGUGGCUACAAUGAGCUCUUAGAAUAUAAGCUUGUUCUGCAAAAGGCUGGAGAGUUUUUCAGAGUGGCACAUAGCAGUGCCGUAGCUCAGCAGAGUGAAAGUGCAUUAGAUCAGGCUCCUGAAGAAUCUUUGGAAACUCCUCUUCUGAUGGAUGAAGAGUCAAAAACUGAUCAAGGCAAGCAAGUUAAAUUGGGGUUUCUCGCUGGCCUCGUGCCUAAAGAAAAAACAAUGGCUUUUGAAAGAAUUCUAUUCCGUGCUACAAGGGGUAAUGUCUUUUUGAGGCAGGCUACCGUGGAAGAAGCUGUUACUGAUCCUAGCUCAGGAGAGAAGGUUUUGAAGAAUGUAUUUCUGGUUUUCUUUUCUGGAGAAAGAGCAAAAAGCAAAGUUCUUAAAAUAUGCGAAGCUUUUGGAGCAAAUCGUUACCCUUUCGCAGAAGAUCUUAGCAAACAAGAACAAAUAAUAGCUGAGGUAUCUGGAAGGAUAUCUGAGCUAAAGACGACGAUAGAUCUUGGGCUUGUGCACCGUGGCAAUUUGUUACAAAGGAUAGGAGAACAAUAUGAACGGUGGAACCUUCUAGUGCGAAAAGAGAAAUCUAUCUAUCACACUCUAAAUAUGCUCAGCAUCGAUGUGACAAGAAAGUGUCUUGUGGCUGAAGGGUGGAGUCCGAUAUAUGCAACUGAAAAGAUUCAAGAUGCACUGGAGCGGGCAACAAUAGAUUCCAAUUCACAAGUUGGUGCUAUAUUUCAGGUUUUGCACACAAAAGAGUUACCUCCGACCUUUUUCCAGACAAACAAAUUUACUGAUUCCUUCCAAACAAUCGUUGAUGCAUAUGGGGUUGCCAAGUACCAAGAAGCAAAUCCCGGAGUAUAUACUAUCGUCACAUUCCCAUUUCUGUUUGCUGUAAUGUUCGGUGACUGGGGGCACGGUAUAAUCCUGCUGCUGUCAACUUUAUUUUUGAUAUUCAAGGAGAAGAAAUACUCCACUCAGAAGCUUGGAGACAUUAUGGAAAUGACCUUUGGGGGUCGUUAUGUGAUACUGUUGAUGUCACUUUUCUCAAUCUACACUGGUUUGAUUUAUAACGAGUUCUUCUCUGUUCCAUUCGAGUUAUUUAGCCCUUCUGCAUAUGUAUGCCGUGAUGCUGCUUGCAGUGAAGCUACCACUAUUGGCUUGAUAAAGGGGAGGGAUACAUACCCAUUCGGUGUGGAUCCUGCAUGGCAUGGGAGUCGCAGUGAAUUGCCGUUCCUCAACUCAUUGAAGAUGAAAAUGUCAAUCCUUAUUGGGGUAGCACAAAUGAACCUUGGAAUAAUAAUGAGCUUUUUCAACGCGGUGUACUUUGGGAAUGCAGUAAAUAUUUGGUUCCAGUUUAUCCCUCAGAUGAUCUUUUUGAAUGGAUUAUUCGGAUACCUUUCCCUCCUCAUCAUUGUGAAGUGGUGCACUGGUUCAAAAGCUGAUUUAUACCAUGUAAUGAUAUACAUGUUCCUUAGUCCUACUGAUGAACUUGGUGAAAACCAACUUUUUGCAAACCAGAAGACAGUUCAGCUUGUGCUUCUACUACUAUCCUUGAUUGCGGUUCCAUGGAUGCUGCUACCUAAGCCUUUCAUUUUAAAGGCACAACACAAGAGGACACACGAAGGCCAGUCCUACACACCCCUCGAAGGCGAAGAUAACUCUUUGCAAGUGGAGGCAAAUCAUGAUUCCCAUGAUCAUGAAGAAUUUGAGUUCAGUGAAAUAUUUGUUCAUCAACUCAUCCACACAAUAGAAUUCGUACUUGGGGCGGUAUCAAAUACAGCUUCGUAUCUUCGUUUAUGGGCUCUCAGCUUGGCACAUUCAGAGUUGUCGACCGUGUUCUAUGAGAAGGUUCUUCUUCUUGCUUGGGGAUACAAUAACAUUCUUAUCCUUAUUGUGGGCAUCAUCGUGUUUGUUUUUGCAACGGUGGGUGUGUUGCUCGUGAUGGAAACGCUGAGUGCCUUCCUACACGCAUUAAGACUUCACUGGGUGGAGUUCCAAAACAAGUUCUACGAGGGAGAUGGAUACAAGUUCCAUCCCUUCACCUUUGCGUCACUGGGUGACGAUGAAGAAUGAUGGAUCCAUCGAUCGAUCAGAUGUUGUGUGUGCAUAUUUGCAUAAUGUAAUCUUACCAUUUUGCCCCUACUGAAAUGCACCAAAGAAGUGGCAACUAUGUAUUUAUUUCCACCAUUCUUUCAGUGAUAUUGUGGAGGAUAAGAAACAAGAGACUUUUAAGAGACUGCAGGUAUUUAUUUAUUUAUAUGUUUGGUUGCUACAGUGACACAAUAAAGAGGCAUGGUGUUCUUUUUGUUUCUGGUA